AUGGAUGCAAAUCAUUCAAAGCCCCAGGAGUCCCAGAGCUCCCCAGAGAACCCCAGGCCUGACCUGAACCCCAACUCCAUCCUGGUCAACAAGACGCUGCCACAGGACCCCCCCAGCAUGGUGGGCGACAGGCUGCCCCCAAAGACAGGCACGGUGGUCAUUGACAUGGGCACGGGAACCUGUAAGAUGGGCUUUGCAGGGCAGGCCCAGCCCACCUACACCGUGGCGACCAUCGUGGGCUACCAGCCCAAGAAGCAGGCUAGACUGGAGACGUUCAUUGGCGAAGCCGCCCGUUCCCGCCCGGAGCUGACACUGGUGAGGCCGGUGCGAAACGGCAUCAUCGUGGACUGGGAUGCGGCCGAGCUCAUCUGGUGCCACAUGCUGGAGCACGACCUCUGCGUGGCCACCCAGGACCACCCGCUGCUGUUCUCCGACCCACCCUUCAGCCCCAGCACCAACCGCGAGAAGCUGGUGGAAAUGGCCUUCGAGUCACUGGGCUCGCCUGCCAUGUACGUGGCCUCCCAGUCGGUGCUGUCCGUCUACGCCCACGGGCGUGUCAGCGGGCUGGUGGUGGACACGGGACACGGGGUCACCUACACAGUGCCCGUCUUGCAGGGCUACAACCUGCCCCACGCCACCGAGCGCCUGGACCUGGCCGGCACGCACCUGACGGCCUUCCUGGCAGAGAUGAUGCGCGGCUCCGGCCUGCAGCUGGGGCAGCAGGACCUGGACGCCGUGGAAAGCGUCAAGCACCGCUACUGCUACGUGGCCUCUGACUUCCUGAAGGCGCAGUCCCGGCCAGAAGACGAAUGCCGGCAGAAUCUGAAGCUGCCCGACGGGCGGACGAUUACUCUGGGCAAGGAGCUGUUCCGGUGCCCGGAGCUGCUGUUCAGUCCCCCGGAGAUCCCAGGACUGACGCCCGUGGGCGUCCCCACCAUGAGCAAACAGAGUCUCCACAAGGUGCCCCGGGAGGUGCGGGCGGAGGUCGCCCAGAACGUGCUGCUCUGCGGCGGCUCCUCGCUCUUCGAGGGCUUCGAGGGCCGCUUCCGAGCGGAGCUGCUGCGCUCCCUGCCCCCCGAGGAGCACGUGGUGGUAACGGCCCAGCCCACCAGGAACUUCUCGGUGUGGAUCGGAGGCUCCAUCCUGGCCUCGCUGCGCGCCUUCCAGUCCUGCUGGGUCCGUCGGGAGCAGUACGAGGAGCAGGGUCCCCACAUCGUGUAUCGCAAGUGCUACUGA